AUGACCGUGAUCGCUGUGAUCAAGCGAUACUUCAUAUACUAUACAUCGGACCCAAGUGAGGAAAACGCGUCAAUAACUGAGCUUGAGGCUCAGAUCGCCACCUUGCGUAUCCGCGAAGAAGAAGCCCGGCGCAUCUCAGAAUUUGUGUCUCAACAAAGAUGUGCUCUUGAGAAAGAGCGAGACAGGCUAAUCGCGCAAACAAAUCCGUUCGACAGGGUGCCCUCGGAACUUCUUAUAGAUAUAUUCGAACAUUUUGUCGAACGAGACGACGAGAACAACACCUCAGCGUUCUACUUCCGUCCAUUCACUCUCUCUCAUGUCUGCCACCGAUGGCGCUGUGUGGCGCUUGAUACGUCCGGUCUCUGGUGCGCGGUUUUGAUGACAUGCCACAACACAGAAAUGUUGCUCGCGCAGCUUGCGCGUUCCAAACUGCAUCAACUCGCUAUCGAUGUUCGUGUUGCGCCAACGACGACUAGAGGCGAGGUCGUCACUUCCUUGUGGUCUCUGGCGGCUGCUGCAACCAGAUGGCGAACACUGACUUGGGCCCCUUCGAGUCAUCUGCUAACCCACGGCUUCAUAUUUAUACUCCACAAGCUCCGUUCGCUCCCAAAACUCAGACUCCUCGACCUGGCACAGGAAGGAGAAGCUCUUCACAUCAAGGAGGAUGCACAAAGCAGCGUCCAUCCGGACGUCUUCCCGGCGUUGGAAACGCUCCGACUUCGUCGCAUCUCUCCUCUCGACUUUCCGACUUGCACAUUACCUAACCUGCGCACACUCCAUAUAGACUUUCCCAAUAACACGAGCCGACACCUACGCAUGUCCAAUCUGUGUGCCAUACUCUCCCGAACUCCUUCCCUGUCCGAACUCACUCUCAACGGCUCUGUACCUCUUAUGGACAUCUACGUGGACAUUCGUCCCACGACCUUGGUCAAUCCAGAUCUCCCACCGCGAGCUCGGCGUACUCCGCUUCAGAUCUGUCCCGUUGCCCUUCCUCGCCUGUCUGCCUUUGAAUGCAGUUUCCCGCCUCCGAGGGAUCUGUGGUUGUUCUUCCAUUUUCUUGCCGUGCCUGCCCUACGUCGUCUCGAGCUCAGUUUCAAUGCCUACACAGCGCGAUGGCUACAGCUCUACAACGAUCAACUCUCUGAGGCCACUGUCAACCCUCUUCUCGGCGAGCAACCAGGACCUCUCGCUCAGCUCAGCCAGCUCGAAGACCUCAGCGUUGAGUGCGUCGACAUCGAGGGCCUCACCAUGGCGCUCAAGAGGCUCAACGCGCCCGCGCUCAAGUCGCUCAGCCUGACGUAUCUCCCAGCAGAGCCAAAACCAGGGCCGCUCCUGCCGCAGCUCCCCCGCCUCGAGUCUAUGUUCCGCGAGCCGCGUAUCCCGACGCUCACGCGCCUCUCGAUCUCGUGCUUCGACCUGGACCUCGAGAAUACGAAGACGAUGCUCAGGUACACGCAGUCGCUUGUGCACCUCACGCUGCGCUCGUGCCUGGGCGCGGGCAAAGUCGUCUGCGCGCUGUCUGGCGGGACGUGCGCUGACGGACAUGUCAACCACACUGCGAGCUGGAUCUGUCCGCGGCUGGAGCGGCUCACGCUCGUUCACUGCGUCGACGUGAGGUUCCGCUGCCUCAGCGGUGUGGUCAUCGCGCGCAAGGCGGGUUCGCAGAUGAGCUUUGAUGCGGAAACGAUUGUGCAGUGUACCUCUGCGUCCCCAAUGCGAGGCAGGCGGAUCAGGCCCUUGAAGAAGCGCGUUGCACCUCUAGCUAAUUCUUCUGCUUGCAACCUGCAGAGCUACGUGGCUCCAGAACCCUUGUCGGGUAUGCCAGUGAAUGGAAGUUUUGUCCCCGGCUGGAAGCCGCACGAGCUCCUAAAGCCCUCGCGCAUCCUGUCUGUGCACGUAGAAGGCUGUCCGCGUAUUUCGAGAAUUGAAGCCAUGUCCCUGGAGGAGGAGGGCUGGGACGUCCCUGAUGUUUUGUGGAAGCCCUAG